UAAGCACAGCAGCGCCCUUCGUCGCUACCGAAGGCCCAUUCGCUCGGCUCCAAAAUGGCAUGACCUCCGCUCGCCUAUCGCCGCCUCUUGGUUUCAACUUUCGAAGUUUGGGACUGCGGGAGCCGAACACUCACCGCCCAUUCCUCCAAGAUCUCAGACGAGAUUCUUCUCUUCCUGGAUUCCGGCAGAAAAGCUCUGAUCCUUGGGUUGGUGUUCCUGACCUUCGUGGCCGUGCAGGCCACUUGUUCGACGCAAUGCCUCCGAAGGUCACCAAGCGCUGGGUGCCGGUCAACCGGGUGGAGGGAGCGCCCUGCGGGGGCGGGGGAGGCGACCCUGCCACCGCACGCCGCAGGGUGCUCCCAGACGCGCCCCUGCACCACCGCUUGGUGCCCCCGAAGAACACCACACCACCGAAGGGCACCAUGCGGUGGGUGCCGGUCAACCGGGCCGGUGGAACGGCGGCAUCACGCGGGCGCGAGGGAGGCGUCCCUGACGCUGACCGCCUCAGCGCGCUCCCGGACGCGCUCCUGCACCACAUCAUGUCGUUCCUCAAGGCAUGGGAGGUGGUGCGGACCUGCGUGCUAUCGUGGCGGUGGCGCCACCUCUGGGCGUCCGCGCCGUGCAUUGACCUCCGUAUCCGUGGCGACGACAAUGGCAAUACGCCAGAGGACUUCCCUGACUUUGUGCGCCACCUUUUCCGCCGCCGGGAGGUGUCAGCAAAGCUGGACACGGUUCAUCUGCGGUCGAGCGAUGAUGCCGGUGCACAUGAUGUCAGGUUGUGGAUCCGUACUGCGAUCAAGCAGGGGGCUCGAGUUAUCCAUCUUGUUGGGCAUCGAAAGGAGCAUUGGCUUCGUGGUAGCAGCCUUGCAGUGCUUGAGCAUGCAUCAUUUGUCUCUUGCCACCUCAAGAUCUUGAAGCUGUCCUAUGCCCUGAUUGAUGAAAACAUCCUCAGGCAGCUUUCAUCUCAUUGCCUGUCUUUGGAAGAACUGAAUCUUAAAGAUUGCUUGAUCACUGGCCAUGAGAUUUCAUCUGCCUCUCUGAAGGUCUUGACCAUGUUCAAGUGCCAGAUCAAUGUGAACCUGUCUAUCUCUGCUCCAAACCUUGUAGUGCUGCGCUGCAUCUCACCAAUAACCCAAGCUCCAUCAUUUGAGAACAUGGGGUUUCUUGUCACAGGCACUAUAAUACUUGAUGAUUAUGCCUUCGGUGAUGAUUUUGAAGACAUCAGCAAGUAUGAACGUGAUGCAACCACUGAUGAAGACGAUGAUUGUAGUGAUAGCAAUUGGAAGAACAAGACUCGAUAUGGAUUUGGUGCUCCUCUAGAAGGAUAUGGGCUUGGUUACAAGGAUGAUUAUGGCUAUGGUAGUGACAUUGAAAGUGAUGGCAACACAUUUGAAUAUAGUGAGAUUGCAAUCGAUUGUGAUGAGUAUGGCAUCAAUGGUGAUGGCCACAAUUCUACUAUGGAUGGUAACCGUCAGAUCUCUGGUGAAAACUCUGGAUGCAAUGAUAACAAAAUUAAAGGUGGCCAUAAUGUUCUUCAGAGCCUUUCGAAUGCUACAAGUUUGGAGCUGUUGGCUGAUGCUGGAGAGGUGAUUCUGACUAGAGAACUAAAAAGGUGCCCAAGUUUUAGCAACCUGAAGACAUUAUCCCUUGGUGAAUGGUCUAUGGAUGCUGGCUUUGAUGCAUUAGUGUUCUUGCUGCAGCAUUCACCUAAUCUGGAGAGGCUUUUUCUUGAACUUAAAUUGAACUUCAACAACAAGAAGCCGUUGGUUAGCAGUGUGAAACCAAAGGAAAAAUCAUUUGCCUGCAAACACCUUCAAUUGGUGAAGAUUAAAUGCUCCAAGGAUGAUGCAAGAGUCCAUAAGCUGGCGCAUUUGUUCAGGACUAAUGGUAUAUCAGUUGAUAAGAUUUUUGUUCGUCGGACUGGGAGUGCCUAUCUCCGUGGCAAGAAGUUAAUGAAGGAUCUUGCCAGGCUCGAACUGGAGUUCUGGGGGGAAGUAAUGCCCACUUGUCCUGUUUAAUCGGCAUUGUGUCUUAUUAUGUGCAAUGAGCCCAAUCGUUUUUGUUUCAGCAAACAUGUGGUUUGCAACAAAUCAUGGAUUUCAGGAUGCACUGAUCAUGCUUUUUGAAACUGUGGUGCAACCUCGGAUGCCUCUUUUGGGGUAACAUUCCAAACGUGUUGGAACCCCUCUUAUCUUCUCUAGUGGAUGAGUUAAGACCUUCUGCAUAGUGCCUUUAACUCUGCUUUGGAUCGUAAUGAGUAAAACCACUAUUUGCUCGAGAGUUUCAAUGGGUUGCAGGCUUGACUGCGUUGUGCUUGUUUUCCAGUAUUUUGAA